AUGGACAUUGAUAAUGACCUGCCGAGUUGUAUUCAGGCUAGAUUUAAGUCAGACACCGGCGAAGAAACUGGUAGUCCAUUAGAUUUACCAUUAAAUAUAACGAAAGAUCAACUCUCACUCAUUUGUAAUGCUCUUUUAAAAGAGGAAGAUAAACCCUUCCUAUUUUUUGUAAAAGAUGUGGAAAUAACAUCUACACUUCAAGAUGCACUUGAUGUAUCCAAACUUAAUACUGAAGAGGUGGUUGAGAUUAUAUAUCAGCAACAGGCUGUGUUCAAAGUCAGGCCAGUUACAAGAUGUACAAGUUCUAUACCAGGGCAUGCAGAAGCAGUUAUAUCCACAAGUUUUAGCCCAUCGGGUAAACAUUUAGCGAGUGGUUCUGGAGAUACGACAGUCAGGUUUUGGGAUUUAAACACCCAAACCCCCCAUCAUGUAUGCAAAGGACAUUCAAACUGGGUGUUAUGUAUCAGUUGGUCACCAGAUGGCACUAAGUUGGCCUCGGCAUGUAAACAAGGCAGGAUUAUGAUAUGGGAUCCAUUAACGGGCCAACAGAUUGGAAAAACAUUGUUAGGUCAUAAACAAUGGGUGACUGCUCUCGCAUGGGAACCCUACAUUAGAAAUACAGAAUGCCGUAAAUUAGCUAGUUCAUCAAAAGACACCGAUGUCAGAAUAUGGGACACAGUGACGGGAAAUUGUGUAUUAAAUCUGACCGGUCAUACUAAAGCUGUUACUUGUGUGAAAUGGGGUGGCACUGGACUUAUUUAUACUUCAUCACAAGAUAGAACUAUCAAGGUUUGGAGAUCCGAAGAUGGAAUAUUGUGUCGAACAUUGGAAGGUCAUGCACAUUGGGUGAACACAUUGGCUCUAAGCACAGAUUAUGUUCUUAGAACUGGCCCAUUUCAUCCCAUACUAGACAAAUUUGAUCAUACAGAUGAUAAGAUAAUAUUACAAAAACGAGCUCAAGAAAGGUAUGACUUAACUUGCUCUAAAGAUGAUGAGAGACUCGUGUCAGGUUCAGAUGAUUUCACAUUAUUUCUUUGGAUGCCACAGAAAGAAAAACGGCCGGUAGCAAGAAUGACAGGUCACCAACAGCUUAUUAAUGAUGUUAAAUUUUCACCUGAUGCAAGGAUAAUCGCUUCAGCCUCAUUUGAUAAGUCAGUAAAGUUGUGGGAAUCGACUUCAGGGAAAUUUAUAACAACACUAAGAGGUCAUGUACAAGCUGUGUAUAUGGUUGCAUGGUCCGCAGAUUCCAGGCUAUUAUUAAGUUCAAGCGCUGAUUCAACAUUAAAAGUUUGGAAUAUGAAGACCAAAAAGUUAGAAUUAGACCUGCCAGGUCAUGCUGAUGAAGUUUAUGCCGUUGACUGGUCACCUGACGGAUCAUAUGUAGCCUCUGGAGGCAAAGAUAAAGUUUUAAAACUGUAA